UUUAAUUGUGUUUUAAGGCAACAAAUGAACCACAAAUCGAUUACUAUCUGUUGUCAGUUCACGAGGACAGGGAUACAGCACUUCUAUCGCUUCUCAGAUGUUUUCUUCAAUGCGCUCCACAAAUGGUCCUUCAAUUGUAUUUAUUAAACAAAUCUCAGCACAAUUUUAAUAUAUCUAAAGAAUACGUCCAAAUGUCAGCUAUAAUAACAUCGUUGUUGUCGAUGAGCUGGUCUUUAGCACAAUAUAAUAGAGCUCUGAGAAGGGUUUCAAAUGACAAACUAAAUAUGUCACGAAUGGCAACAAUAGUGCAAUUCUUGUGGCGUUUUUGUACAAUCGGAUCCAGGGUUUUAGCGGUGGCGCUAUUCAUCAGUGAAUACAGCUAUUGGGUGUGUCCAGUGGCUAUCGGCCACUGGGGUAUUAUGACAAUCUGGGUUAUGCACCAACAAACACGUUUCUGUGACAGUGAAAGGGGUGACCCGAGACCAUGCUUUGAGUAUAUGUUUAAUAUGAUGAUCGGUGCCAUCUAUCUGUUCUGUUUCAUCAACGUCAAGGAUGAGCCCACAAGAUAUAAAUAUCUAUCGUUUUACAUAAUAGUGUUCAGUGAGAAUCUAUCGUUCAUAAUCUUAUGGUAUAUAAGAAGUGAUCCGAUAAAGUGGUAUCAUAUGUCAGCCUUGGUUACAGUUUUGGGAGCAUUUGGUUGCGGUAUACUAUUAAUGCUCAUUUACUACUGGUUUUUUCAUCCAAAUGGUCGACCCCUUUGGAUAAACCGUGCGGCGCGUUGUUGUUAG